GAGGAAGACACGGUGUGAGAUAGGUGAGGCGUGUGUAAGGGGUAGGGGGAUGGUGUUAUCAGUAGCACACACCAGCGGUCAGGGAUUCACCACACCUCGGCGACUCGCGGCCUUAGGAGGACUGGACCAGCGACCAGCGCACCGCCUCCCGCACCACCAAGGCAAGAUGAGGGUUUUUCUUCUAAUCUUGCUCGUGGGGGCGACACUACUGAAGGUGGCGGCGACGGAAGAGGUGAAGGUGGCGACGGAGGAGGCGAAGGUGGAGGAGACGGAGGCGAAGGUGGAGGAGACGAAAAAGGCGAAGGAGGAAGUGCAGGAGAUUACAGUGGAGGUGAAGAGGGAGUAUAGGGAGGUGAAGAAGAAGGAUAAAGAAGGGGAGGAGGAGGAGGAGGAGGUGAAGCCCAUUGGGAGAGAGGAGGAAGGGGAGGUGCCCGUAGUGAUGACGGCCACGGGAAAAGUGUCUGGUAUUCGUGAAAGGUCAACGGAAGGAAAGGUCUUCUUCUCCUACUACUCCAUCCCCUAUGCCAAGCCGCCCGUGGGGGAACUGCGCUUCAAGGACCCCCAGAUGCUCUCAGGGUGGGGCGGCGUGAAGGACGGGUCCUCGCCUCCACCCGCCUGCCCCCAAAUCCCCACGCCUGAUACCCUCAUGGGGGGCCAAGAGGUGCAUGGCGACGAGGACUGUCUCUACCUUAACAUCUUUACUCCUAAGGCCAAGGACACGCGGCCCCACCUCCCCGUCAUGGUAUUCCUGCACGGCGGCGGCUUUGUCUGCGGCUCCUCGUCAGAGUACCCGCCCCACGUGAUACUCAAUGAAGACGUGGUUCUCGUCACCGUGCAGUACCGCCUCGGCAUCCUAGGCUUCCUCUCUACUGAAGACGACGUGGUUCCCGGCAACAUGGGACUCAAGGACCAGACCCUCGCGCUCUCCUGGAUACAGAGGAACGUGCACAAGUUUGGAGGAGACCCGCUGCGCAUUACACUGUUCGGGGAGAGUGCCGGAGCAGCCUCCGUGCACUUCCAGAUCCUCACGCCUAAAUCUAUCGGCAUGUUCAAGCGAGCCAUCCUGCAGUCCGGGAACGCGCUAUGUCCCUGGGCGAUUGGGGCCAAGCACGCCGCCGUGGCAGAGUACGCGGGGGUAGUGUUCAAUUGCACCACCGACGAGGGCAGCGAGCAGCUCGUCGAGUGUCUCCAGGGAGUGGACGCCUUGGAGCUCACGUCCAUCACUCAACACCUCACCGAGUGGCUCUCCUUCCCACUACUUCUGGGCCCGAGAGUGGACGGCCAGUACCUGCCCGAGCACCCCAACUUCCUGAUGAAGGAGGGGCGCCACAAGCGAGUGGAUCUCAUGACUGGCAUCACGCAGGACGAGGGCGCCUUGUUCACCCUCAUGAUGUACGCCAAUGAGAUGGCUCGCGCCUCCCUGUCGUAUGACUUUGUGAGAAAGGGCCCCUUCAGUUUGGAGUUCCGCCCUGAUGACGUCGCGCCGCUCAACCAGACUGUUAUGAUCUUCGACCGCUACAUUGGAGGCUUGCACUUCGACGCUAUGCAUGCUGACAAUGUGACCAGAAUGUUCUCCGACCGUCACUUCAUCGUACCGCAUGAUCUCACAUCCCAGCUGUACUCUGCCUCCGUCGCGCCCUUCAAGAACACCACCUACAGAUACGAACUUAAGUACAAGGGCAGCCAAUCCUUCACCGACUUCUUCAAUCUGGACGUGGGAAGGCACUGGAUACCUCACCUGGACGACAUGUUCUACCUGUUCGAGGGAGGGCCCAUAUUCCCGCCACUAAAAGAUGAGAAGGACCUGCAGCUGAGGAAACUUAUGCUAAAACUGUGGACUAACUUUGCCGCCACAGGGAACCCGACGCCUGACGACUCCCUAGGUUUCAAGUGGGAGGCGAUGAAGAAUGGAAGCAUGAGUUACCUCGCCCUGCAGCCUGAGCCCAAAAUGGAGGAGGACCAGAGACAGGAGGUGCGAGACUUCUGGUACUCGCUGCCACUUGCCCAGAACCUGUACCUCCACCCAGAGCGCGUUCCUAACUUAGUGUACACGCCCGCUGAGGAGGAUACGGCCGCUGAAGACACCACCGAGACUCCCAUUGACACCACGGACACCACCACUACCGCACCAGUCGAGGAUGUCCUUGUUGAGCCACCCAAAGACACGAACAAGGACGAGCUUUGAUUAAGUUCUUGGUGUAACAUUCGAUAUUCGACUUAAAAGAAAUUAUUGUAUUGUAGUGAAUCACGUGCUUGGAAUAAAUUAAUGUUUGUUU